AUGUACACAAAUAAAUUAUCGGACCCAAUAUCAAAGAUCGGGUUUGCCAAUGACCUUUUGACGCCAACUCCAUCCGGCUCGGCCACCAUAGCCGAGGCAUGCGAGCGACGAUCUUCCGAGAAGCGGUGCCUUAACAGCGUCACAUCCUGCCGCGUAAACGUUGUGUUCCGAGCGACCGGCGGACUCAGGCCCGCGGGACUCCCGUUACAUAACGCACCUGCAUUCCGCGAAUACUCGCACUCACCGGACACCGGUACUUACUGCAUCGAUUAUGUCACCUCUCAGCUGACGGUUAAGCACUACGUACGAGAGUAUCCGAGGGUUAUCAGUCGCGCGGUGGCUCGCUCCGCGGAGGGCGGCCGUGUGACAGAGCGCGUGGGUUCGAGUCGCGGGGUCGAUGUCGGGGAGGAAGGGGCACGGAGGCUGCGGACUCACCGUGCGGAUGGUUACAUAAGUCGGUCGGCGGGAGCGAGGACACGUGCAGCCCCUCCGGGGCUUGUGGCGCGACUGGCGGCGGGUCGGGCGCCGCCCCGCGCUACCGAGCCACGCGGGGCCGCCGCCGCCUUCCACCCAGACGCGAUUAAACAGCCUUCACGUGCGACUCACGCUUUAAAAGCGCGCCUAAUAAACCUCACCUAUACUUGGGUUUACAGAUUAUGGAGCUGA